UGUGGGGCGGGGGCGGAACGCCGCCCGGCGGCGGGUCGGGCCCUGUGUCAGCAGCCCAGCGGGUAUUCGGGCGGGACAUGGCGGGCUGUGUGGCCCGGCGGGCCCUGACCGUGGGCAGUCGCUGGUGGUGCCGGUCGCUGACCGGGGCCCGAGGGCCAAGGCCGCUCUGUGCGGCGGGUGGAGCUGGGACCUUCCCACCAGUGGCGACCACGACGACGCGGAGGCACCUCUCGUCCCGAAACCGACCAGAGGGCAAAGUUUUGGAGACAGUUGGUGUGUUUGAGGUGCCAAAACAGAACGGAAAAUAUGAGACUGGGCAGCUUUUCCUUCACAGUGUUUUUGGCUACCGAGGUGUUGUCCUGUUUCCCUGGCAGGCCAGACUGUAUGACCGGGAUGUGGCUUCUGUAGCUCCAGAAAAAGCAGAGAACCCUGCUGGCCACGGCUCGAAAGAGGUGAAAGGCAAAACUCACACUUACUAUCAGGUGCUGAUUGAUGCCCGAGACUGUCCACAUAUAUCUCAGAGAUCUCAGACAGAAGCUGUGACUUUCUUGGCUAACCAUGAUGACAGCCGGGCCCUCUAUGCCAUCCCAGGCCUGGAUUAUGUCAGCCAUGAAGACAUCCUCCCCUACACCUCCACUGAUCAGGUUCCCAUCCAGCACGAGCUCUUUGAAAGAUUUCUUCUGUAUGACCAGACAAAAGCACCCCCUUUUGCGGCUCGGGAGACGCUACGGGCCUGGCAAGAGAAGAAUCACCCCUGGCUGGAGCUCUCCGAUGUCCACCGGGAAACAACUGAGAACAUCCGUGUCACCGUCAUCCCCUUCUACAUGGGCAUGAGGGUAUGUGCCCAGCCUGGGACUUCCCCUCAGGGCUAGGCCCCCAGGUUCUGU